AUGUCCCUCACUACGCCUAGAUGCUACAAUGCUGUUUAUCGCGUAAUCACUGAACACGGGCAAUGGGUACUCAAAGUUGCACCCAACCCAAGUGUCAAAGUUCUACGUUACGAACGCAAUAUCCUCGACGCAGAAGUCCGGGUUCUAGGAAUACUUUCUAAUUAUCAGACCCCUCUUCGAGUACCUAAAGUCCACAAGUUCGAUGAGAGCUGUAAACUCAUCGAAGCACCAUACGCCAUUAUCGAUUUUAUUCCAGGCGAAAACCUCGAUCAGGUUCGGAAGCAACUUGAUAAAAACGACGAGCGUAGAAUCGAUCAAGCAAUGGGUCAGCAUCUGAGAUUCUGCAAUGAAAUUACCCGCAUUAAAUCAGGAGACGAUAGACCUGGCGGGCCCGUUUCUGAAUUCGGACUAUGCGCAAUCGACGCGCCUCGGUACUCUACCUGGAGGGAAGCAUUUGCUGCUUUCAUUCUCAACCUUCUCUCAGAUGCUCAGGACGCAUCUGUACCUGAUAUUCCACACGAAGAAAUCAAGCACUUGCUCGCUUUGCAUGCGUCCGCAUUUGAUGAAGUAACCGAGGCGAAACUUGUCAUCUGGGACCAAUGGGAUGGGAAUGUUCUAAUCUCCUUUACCGACUCGGAAAAGAAAUCUGGAGGCUCUGUGUCAGGUACAAUCGACUACGAACGCGCUUUAUGGGGAGACCCGUUGAUGGAAACUACGUUUCGUGCGUUGAUGGCACCCGCUGCGCUCGUGGAAGCUUAUGGCGCUUAUAAGCCCGAAGAGCUAACGGCAUCAGAGCGCAUCCGACGAAUGUUUUACGACCUACAUUUGAGCUUGAUAUGGGUUAUCGAAGUCACUUUUAGGGGCGUCCAGGAGCUCGAACAUGGAGGGAAGGAUAUGGAGGCGUACGGGCGGAUGGGAAUCCAAAUGUCGUUGCAAGGCCUUCGUAAAUUGGCAGAGUAG